CUAUCACAGAGAUGCGCGAUAUUUCUGUAGUGUCUAGUGUGAGUUGAAACUGUGUUGGCGAGUUGCGAAGCGGAGAUGAAAUGUUGCUCAGGUUCUUAAGUUUGCAAUAACCCGGACACUUCAUUUUAGUUUUAUCCCAGUAUAUUCACCACAGUGCUCAAAUUUUCCGUAUUACAUCCAUCCUGAAAUAUGCUGGGGCAAACGGCUUCAAUUUUAAAUAAUAUUCGUCAGGUAGGAGUUAGUAAAAUAAAUCGGAAUAUAGCAGAUUUAGGCCUAAACGCGGCAAGGUCAAAUAUAUUGAGGGCUUCCAGUUUUUUACUGUCAAGAUAUUUUAGUUCACAUUCUAUACCAGAAAAUUUGCAAUAUGUCGAAGAUGCGGAGCAACCAUCAUUUUUUCAUAUGGUUGAGUAUUUUUACCACAAAGGAUGGCAAGUCGUUGAAGAUAAACUUGUCGAAGAAUUUAAAGGAAAGUUAAGUUUAGAAGAAAAACGUGAAAAAGUUAGGGGAUAUUUGGGAAUUUUGGGACCAUGUCAUUCAGUGCUGGAAGUUUGCUUUCCAUUGAAAAGAGACAGUGGAAAAUAUGUUAUGAUAAAUGGCUGGAGAGCGCAACACAGUCAUCACCGGACACCGUGCAAAGGAGGUAUCCGAUUUAGCUUAGACGUAAGUUUGGAUGAAGUCAAGGCCUUGUCAGCAUUAAUGACUUUCAAGUGUGCUGUAGUAGAUUGUCCAUUUGGUGGAGCUAAAGCGGGACUAAAAAUCAAUCCUAAGGAAUACAGUGAAUUUGAAUUGGAAAAAAUCACUCGGAAUUUUGCUUUGCAGCUAGCCAAAAAGGGCUUUUUAGGGCCAGGCUUGGAUGUACCUGCACCAGAUAUGGGAACUGGGGAGAGAGAAAUGAGUUGGAUAGCUGAUACAUAUGCACAAACAAUUGGCCAUACUGAUAUGAAUUCACAUGCCUGUGUGACAGGCAAACCUAUCAAUCAAGGUGGCAUACAUGGUCGAAUUUCAGCUACAGGGAGGGGAGUUUAUCAUGGUCUUGAUAACUUCGUGAAUGAAGCAAGCUACAUGAGUAUGAUUGGUACAACUCCUGGAUGGGGUGGGAAAACUUUUAUAGUUCAAGGCCUGGGAAAUGUAGGUCUUCAUGUAAUGCGAUACCUACACAGAGCUGGAGGUAGAUGCAUAGGAGUUAUGGAAGUUGAUGGUAGCAUUUUCAAUUCAAAUGGAAUAGAUCCUCGGGAAUUGGAAGACUGGAAGUUGGCCAAUGGUACAAUUGUUGGAUUUCCUGGAGCUGAACCAUACACAGGAGAAAGCCUUCUGUAUGAACCAUGUGAAAUCUUAAUACCUGCAGCUACUGAAAAAGUUAUCACAAAAAGUAAUGCUGAUAGAGUGCAAUGCAAAAUUAUUGCUGAAGCUGCCAAUGGACCAACAACACCUGCUGCUGAUAGAAUAUUAAUGGAUCGUAACAUUUUGGUUAUACCUGAUUUAUAUAUUAAUGCUGGUGGUGUUACUGUCUCAUAUUUUGAAUGGUUGAAGAAUUUAAAUCAUGUGAGCUAUGGCCGACUUUUGUUUAAGUAUGAACGUGAUUCCAAUUAUCAUUUGUUAGAAAGUGUUCAGGAGUCACUAGAAAGGAGGUUUGGUAAAGCUGGUGGACGCAUUCCAAUAAUGCCGAGUGAAGCAUUCCAGAAGAAAAUUUCUGUAAGUUAUUUUCAAUGUUUACAUACUAGGGACUGUAUGGGAACUAAUAAAUUCCAUAUUUAAUGAACAAAAGAAGAA